AUGCAAUUCACUUUGAAAUUGGCAUUUAUUUUAGCAUAUCUGCAAGAGACUUUAUCUUAGACAUGCAGACUUUAAAAUACAGAAUACAAUUUGUUGACGAUUGUGAAUGGAGAGACCUUCCGCUUGCCACUGAAUGACUAUUUCAUUGGUGAUGGACUCUCAUACACCAUUCAGCCUCAAAAUUCCCCAUUUGCUGAGAAAACAGUAGCACAAGGACAGGAAUCUAUAAAAGAAACAAUAAUUUCUACAACAUCCUCGUACCUUAACAAUAAUCCAAACACUUAAGGAUCAAAUUAUUACGCACUUGCUCAAUUGACAGGGGGUGGAUAUUACAUAUUAUCAUAAUUCCAAACCGGAGCCCCAUAUAUUUAGAAGAAUUACAAUCACAAUUUUGGAUAUAUCGCUCCAGGACCAACUUGCUUUUCAAUUAAUUUCAUUUAAAAUGAAAUUAUGAUAACAUGCUCAGCUUAAGGAACCAAUCAAUUGACAUACUUAUUCUACACUAUCGAUUAAAAUCCCCCUUAAUUGUUAUUAUAGAGUUAGACAAUCAAUUCCAACACCAUUCAAGCUGGAGCUUAUGUAACGACUUAAGCUGUGGGAUAAUAUAUAGUCACUUUAAUAAAUACUGGCACAUAUAAAACCGGAACCUAUUUUUCAACAUACUCAGAACUCUAUGUAUUCCAAUUGAGUUUGGAUACUCCUUAAUAAUUCAAUUUCAACCAAAUACAAAUCCCAAGUCCACUUGUUGGCACUGACUACUAUACAGGUAUUUCCUUACAAGAAAAUGGCAUUCUUUUCAUUACUACUUAUUAAAGUGGAUUAGCAUACUUGAAUUUAAACACUGUGCCAAACUAACUCCAAUUUUUCAAUCCAUUUAGCCAAGGUACUUUGGGAGUAAGUUCCUAUAGUGUGGAUUACUCAUCAAGCUUCUUUUAUUUAGCAAUUUGGAACGCCGAGGGUAUAGUGGCAGGUGUCUAUAAUUCAGCAAGUUAAGUACCGUUUAAAACAGCUUAAGUGAUUCAAACUAAUCAAAUCACCCAAACUUAAAUGUUUGCAACUCAAGUUUUUAUGAAUCCUAGAUUCCUUGUUGCAGUGAACUCUAAUGGUAUUAGUGUCUAUCCAAGCAUCUUAAAUGACAUUAAUAAUUGGUAAUUGCUCUAUUAUAUCCCUUCAAAUGUAUUAUCUAGCGCUUUCGAUUAUUACAAUAAUAUCUUAGUAACUGUUGCAGGCUAGAAUGUUAUCACUUAUUAAUUUAAUAACCCAAUUGUCACAACCUCAAAUUUGGCUACUUCUGCAGGCAUUUAAAAUUUCACAAUCACUGCAACUCCUUCUAUGUUCGGAGGAGCAAAAACCAGUCAGCCAUGUAGUUUGAUUUUAUACUACAAUGUCACAUCGCCCAUUUAGACAGUUGACAUAUUUUAGGCAUAUCAAGUGAAUAGUGCAAAGGAGACAUUCGUUCAAUGGGGUCCCCUAUUUAAUUUAUAUUUGGGCUCAAUUUAAACAGUAAACAUAAAUAAAAUGUUAAUUGGACCAGCUAUUAUUGCAGGAUUCCCAACUACCAAUGCAGCCUACUCUAAUAUUGAUAUUCAAUUCUCAAAUGUUCUUUCAACUCCUUCAUUAAACAGUCCCUACAGAAUUAACUCCAACCUAAUAGUUGGAUAAAAAAUCUUGUACUCACAAAUGUUUUAUGAUGCCUCCUACAUAGUUAAUGAUAAAUUAGGAGAAUAAUUCAAGGACACUUACCUUUAAUUGGUUCAAGUCUCCAAUUAUAUUGUAUUGUUCUAAUGCUAAGGUUUUGAAGAUUAACCAUGCACUUAAAUUGUUAACAUCCCAAAUAAUGUUUCAUUAAUUGAACAAUUUGCUUUGAGUUUUUCAUCAAGCAACUUGAUAAACAUAGCAUAUAUGUGGAAUGAUUUUAAUGUCAAGGACUAAAAUUCUAUCGGCCAUAUUACAAUUUGUCAAGUGGGUUAUCAUUCAACAGUUACUAACUAAAAUUGCAAAACCUAAGAUUUUAACUCAAAAGAUGAUGGUGAAAGUCCCAUUAAAGCAUUAUAAAUUUCAUUGGCUUAAGAUAGUUUCUACAUUCUUUUUUAAUAAACUGCAGAUUAAGUAACUACAAAUUAUUUCUCUGCUUUCAAUGUUUAGGAAUAUUUUAGUUCUACCAGUGACAUUCUUGCACUGUAAUCUUAUCUUAAUUCUACAAGUGCAGUUUCAAAUACAACUAUAAAACUUUCUGAUUACACUAUAGAUAGCUUCACACAAAACAUUCCUGCAUAUGGAAAUAUCAUCUUCCUUAAUGCUUGGAAUAGUGUAACUAAUGGUGACAUUACCAAUUAUUAUUAUUACCUUAUAGCCAUUAAUUAUAAUGGUGGUUACCUAAAUAUAAAUGGGUAAUAUGUUUUAAAUGUGAUUGGAGCUGUUUAAACAAACAAAGUUACAACAUCACCAUUAACUAAUUACUAUUAAUUUACUGUUGAUGGAAUGUACCUUUUGUAAAUAAAUACUAAAGGAUCCCCUACACUAACUUUUUACCCAAGAGUCGAUCUUUUGCCAUCCCUAUUUUUCUCUUAUUAAUAAACAAAUCCACCUCAACAACCUGUUAAUGGAAUUUCAUUAUAAACUUAUGGACUUUCACAUAUUGUUCAAGUAACUUCAUCAGCUCGUUUCUUAUAUAUCAUGGGACAGCCUGAAGGUUCUAACACAUAUUCAAUCUAUGUAUACAAGAAUACCCCUUCAAGCUAAAAUGCUUUGUAUUAUGUGAUUUCAACUGAUGCAAAUGAUCAAAUAAUAGAUGCUCCUUUUAGUGUAACCAGCGCAAUCCAAUACGAUGGAAUAUUAUUUAAAUCAAGAGGAAAUGACGGAUAUCGCAACAGUCUUCUAUUACCUGAAUUUGAAUUUGUUGUGAAAUGCAAUUUGAAUAGCAAUUUCUAAUAGCAAAUUGAAUACAGUUACGUCUUAUUCAAGGCCCAAAGUAUAGUGAAAUCGGGUUCUAAAUUGUCUUAGACAGCUUAAGAAUAUUGGGCAACUUUUGAGUCAGUGAAUCUAGUCUCCUUUUCUAAGGAAACCAGUACAAUUGCAAAUGCUGGUAGUAUAUCAACUUCUGGAUUCACAUAAGUCGAUCCAAGAGCUUACUUCUAAGGAAAUAUUUAGAGCUUCCUGCUUUCAAAUGGAACAAAUUCAACUACUUUUUAUUACUUCAACAUCACCUCUCCAGUCGAGAGAUAACCUCAAACCACAAAUUACCAAUAUCCAGUAACAGCAGUAUCUGCUUAUAUGCAAAUAUCGGAUUCGACUGUCCAACUCAACUCAAGUAAUUAAUAAUCUUAAUAUUGGUUCACAUUUGUUUAAACAGACAGAUUAGUAUAUGUGACUCCAUAUUUUUAUUACAGUCCUCCUGAGGAUUUCGCUGAUAAUUCAACUGUAAAGAUUGAUUAUCCUUUGAUUUACAAGCUACCUGUUUUGGAUAUAGCUCCCAAUUCUUAGAAAUGUCCAUUGAUAUUUGUGGAUCCAGGCUCAAAUGGAAUAGUCAGUGUAUGUGGAACAAAGGUUGCUAAUAAAUUUGCAGCUUCCUUCACAUUAUUUAACCCAUUAAACUAGGAAGUUAUGGAAACAAAAUUAAUAAUGUUGGAUUAGGCAUUCCCUAUUUUAGGUUAGACUACUUUAACAAAUAAUGGAUCAUAUCAGCUUUAAACAGCAACUUAUCUAGAUAUAGGAGUAGUAGUGUUGUAAUUCUAAUACACUUAUAACUUUGGUUCAUCACCUCCAACAAUUAUCAUAUUACCAUUUUUAUAUACCUCUAAUUUGCAUUAAAAAAUAGCAAGUUAUCCAUCCAAUCCAACUCUCUAUUUUUACUAAUUUAUCUAGCCAAUUUAAUAAGUCUAUCAAGUUCCAAGCAGCAAUUUGGGUAGUUCAAUUUCUGUGACAGCAUUUGCUUUAACCACAAUCUACCUUGGUAAUUAAAAUGAAGCAAACCAGUAAACUUUUAUUAGUUUCGGAUUUUUAUGUGUGUCAGAUAUCAAGGAAGAAUGCUUAAUACCAUAUACCUAAGGAUAGACAUAAACUCCAACUAGCGGAGUGGUCAUCCAAGUAACUCCAAGACUUUUGAAUACAAUAUUUUCAUCAACUCUCUUAGUCAGUUUCAGUUCACCAAACAACAUAUAUUUAGCAACUCAAAAUCCAUUCUAGAUAUCUUUAUUGAACAUAGUUUCAGAUUACACCCAAAACUCAGUUCAAUAAGUUAUUUAAGCAGGAGCUCCAUUAAUUCAGAAUGGUGUGAUCUCUGAAGUGCCCUUAAUUGCAGUCAGUCAAGGAACAGCCUACAUCUUCAAGUUGUAAUUCUAUUUGAGUAAUGCCCAAUACAUCCAAUCAUUAUACGCUUGCACACUCUUAGGAUUAUCUGAUCAGAAUCGUAUUUUGCAAAUUUCAGCAAGCAGCUCAAAUACUGGUCAAUAUCAAGUGGUGGCAAUCAUAGCAAAUCCCACAGCCUCAGUUAAUAAUUAAGUAACAUUACUUAACUAUGGAUUUAUCAAUCAGUAAUGUUCCAUCAACCCUACCGCAGUAUCAACAACCGUUUAACCAACUAAACUCUAAGAUGGAUUGGAAGUGUUGGUAACAGCUAUAGGAGCAACAACUUAUGUCUCAGCUGAAGCUACUCCAGUUUUGGCUUUGAUGCAACCCCCUGCUAUAAACAAUUAAGUUAUUGAUAUCGCUAGAACAUUAAUAAGUGAUAAUCAAGUGAUCACUUUACUUGACACUAGUCCUUAUCUUACCAUCUCAGCUUAUCCAAAUUAUAAUCUUAAAGGAGGUGUCUCCUUGAAUUCGACAAAUUUAUUUUCAAGUUCUGUUGAACCUCUGAUAACAUCAAUUUCAGCCAUGAGCGUUUAAACUUACAUCAAUAAUUUGUUAAUAUCCGGAGAAGGAGGCUCUACACUAUUUGAAUUCAGUAUUUCACAAAUUCCCGUCAAUUCCACUUUCCCAGAUUCUGUUUGGGAUAGAAAAUUAUGGGGUUAGUUCAUCUGGGGAUCUAUCAUGUUUAUUAUCAUCGUAGGUAUUAUCGGAUACUUGUUUUACAAAUCAUAGCCAUUGCCAUACGAUAGAUUUUGAUAUAUUAGACAGAUACAUAUAAAUUAAAAUAUUUGAAUUAAA